UUCAUUCAAUCAGACAGACACCGGCGUCUUUCGUUGAUUGCAGGAUGUCGUGCCACCAUUCUUCUAAAAAAUCUCAAUCACUUUCUACCUUUUUCAAGUAAGCUCAAGAAGCUUGCCUUGAUUGGGCCAUUCGCCAAGAGCAUGGAUGAGCUGAUUGGCUCGUAUCCAGCCACUCCAAUGCCGCAGUUCGAAACUCCUUUGGAUAAAGGCUUACUGGAGGUAGCAGACACAGUCCAUGGGAUUGAAUUCUGCGACAACGGAGCUAGAUGCACAAGAGGCGAUGAAGCUGGUCUCAUCAAACUUCUCACCAACUCAACAAAAGGCAAAUUCGACGCUAUUGUGGUAACCAUCGGCACAGGCAGUAAAUUUGUGGGGGAGUCUAGAGAUAAUCCAAGUCUUCAACUCUUUGGUCAACAGCAACGCAUGCUCGAACUCAUCUCGAUUUAUGCACCUUCUAUUCCAGUAGUAGUUUUUAUCUACUCAGCUGCUCCGGUGAAUAUCUCAGUGGUUGUCGCUUCUCCACAGGUUAGGUCGAUUCUUUGGUUCGGCUAUCCUGGACAGGAGGCAGGUCGGAUUGCCGCUCGUAUAUUACUAGGAAAUUCAGGAGAAAUGGAAAAUUCCAAUGACUUUGGGAUUUCUCCCUUUAGUGAAGAAGGCUACUGGUGGACUCCAGCAGGUCGUCUCCCCUUCACUUGGUAUGAGAGUCUCUCUGGUAUGCCAGAGAUCACAAAUUAUAAUGUCAGCAACCACACCUACCGUUUCAAUCAAUUCACUAUCUGUCCUAAAAAUGCGACAUCAUCUGAUUGUCAGCAGGUGAUCUAUCCAUUCGGCUACGGUCUGUCUUAUAACUAUGCAUCUAAAGGUAGUGGUUUUGCUUAUCGAAACCUUGAUAUUCCCGCAUUAACUGUAUCGGCAAGAAUUGGAUUUACAUUCACCGUUGAGGUGGUUAAUAGAGGUAUUCUAGCUGCAGAGGAAGUGGUACAAGUUUAUCUCGAUUGGUUGACCCUCUUUGGCACAAAAGUUGAGAAUAAUUUUGACGGAAAAUACAAAGCUGCGUCGAGACAAUUGGUCGGAUUCGAAAGGAUUCCACUAUUCCCUGGAGAGGUAAAGAUGCUGAGGUUUGUUGUGAAGCCGGAGCAGCUGCAGGUUUGGAGUUUUGUAGCGAAGAAGGUUUCACCUCUUUGUCCAGCAAAUACGCCGAAAGGUGAGAAUUGCGGAGCUUCAGUACCAGGCUCUGGAGGCGUUCGAUUGAGUGUUGGCGGACAGCAGCCUCUUCAAAAUCAAAGUGUCAAUUCUAACACGAUUAUAGCUUUGCUUACGGUUAUGGGCGCAUAA